AUGACCAAUCACCUCAGACCCUUGUUUAUAACAGCAAACUUUGGGGGUAUUCCUAUUCCCAAGGCCAUAGUAGAUGGAGGUGCAGCCAUUAAUCUUUUGCCUCACAGGAUGCUGAGCAAGAUGGGCAGAACAGAGAAGGAUUUGAUUCCAAGACGCUUAGCCGUCACCAAUUUCGCUGGAGGCAUCACCAAAACCCAUGGAAUCUUAGAUGUGGAUGUCAUAGUUGGAAGCAAAGAGCAGAAGAUUGCAUUCUUUGUGGUAGACACCACUUCUACCACUUAUAAUGCACUGCUUGGCAGGGACUGGAUUCACCAGAUUCUAUGUGUUCCUUCUACUCUCCAUCAGCAGUUAGCUCUGUGGAAUGAAGAGGGUUACAUGGAGAUAGUAGAGGCCAAUCCACCACCAUUUCUGCCUUCUGCCAUGUGUUUUGAGGCAAGGUAUUACAAUGAUGACCUUGGUCCUUUCACUUUCCUUGAAGUCAACCAGAACGGCCGCCCUCAUGGUGUCACAGCCCAGAGGCUCAUUGAAGAUGGUCUAGACAGUUCCCUAAAGGUUGUUCUAAACCUCCAGAACUCUGAUGUUUAG